CUAAAGUUUCUGAACAAGGAAACCUAAACAGCUUCCAAAAAUCCAAAUCCCUAACCGUCAUCUCUCGUCCGCCGGCCUUGAACAAGUCACAGGCCACAGCUCCUGCCUCUGCCUGCCGUAGACCCGCACCGUUCGGAGCUCCUAUCACCGUGGGAACCCAUCCACCUCGUCGUGCCACCGUGUUGGCUCCUUGAGGUACCCCGUUGACCGCUUGACCCCCACCCCUUCCUUUCAUCUCUUCUCCCUCCCCUCAACCCCCAAGGAGAAGACGAGAAGGGGCCAGAUGUGGGUGAGGCCUCCGGCGUCAAUCCGUCGAGUAGGUGGUUGAUGGUUUCACGCCAUCUUUUUGUGAAGGAAGAUCAAUUGCCUGAUUUCUUCUGCUACUGAGACUGAGUAGUUGAAAUCUAGGGGCUUGCGCCGGGUGUCUAUACUCUUUGGCCUGUCCUAGAAUAUGGCUGAAGCAUGUCGUGAUGGUAGGCGCUGUCUCCCGGCAUGGAUGACGAAAGCAUGCUCAAGUAAUGAAAUGUCAAAGACUGAGCACCAGAAUAAACAUGUGGUGGAAUCUGAUAAGCAAUCAGUGGCUCUGGAUCAGAUCAAACCCGUCAGGAGGAAGAGUAGAGGGAAGAUAAAAGCUGUGGAUACUGAGGAGACUGGUGAGCUGAUAACUUUGCAGCGAUGUCAGGGUAGAGAAAACACCAAGAGAAAGAGCAAGGAUGCUGCUGCUCUGAAGAAUAGCAGGAAACGUAAGCUGGGGAAUUUCGGAUCAGAAGCAUCGUCAUCAGAAAUAACUGAUGAUGAGAUAGAGCUUACUGCUGGUGGUCCAAGAGCUUUGCAUCGAUGUCAGGGUAUAGGGAAGGCCAGGAGGAAGUGCGAAGAUGCUGAUUAUACUGCCAAAGUCGAACUUAAAGAAGUUGAGAAAAUAAAUAGCAAGAAAGUGAGGGGCAGAGCCGCUCCGAAGAAUAGCAGGAAAGAAAGACUGGAGAAUCUCGGAUCAGAAGCAACAAGUGAUGAUGAGAUAGAGCUAACUGUUGAAGAUGUUGUGAGUAUAGCCGAAGAGAUAGUAAAUUCUGAUAAAGAGAAACAGCAGAAGAUACGAACGAUGAAAACAGCCCAAUAUGAAGAGCGUCCUCCAGAGUCUAUCUUCACUCCAAAGGAUACAGGAGGAUCAGUAUCGAACACUGGACCAUCGAAAGGACUGAUGCGAUGCACAAAAACUACCACAGAUAGAACUCCAAGCGAGAGCAGAGUAGAGAAGAACAACGGACAUGAAGAACCAUAUCGUCCGCCAAAUAUCCAAAUGACAGGAGAUAUUGCUCAGGACAUGAUAAACAUGUUUCUCGCCCCACUUUUGAGUAAACCUGCAGUCUGUGAAGAUAGAUCCAGGCCUGUAGAGACAUCGAUCACGAGCACCAACCAUGCGCCGAGGAAGAAAGACUUCCAGGACGUAGCACGAGUACAGAUGGCGCCUGUGGUGAAAAAGAAGAGCAGCUUGAGGGAUAAGGUGGACUUGUUUCUUUGACUAUGUGACUGAGCUGCUGACGGAAGAUUCUACUCUGCUAGUUGCCUAGGAGCAUUGGUCUGUCAUACUAUCUGAUUCCAUGGUUGUAUAUAAUCACCUGUAACUAUAUCCCACAGGGUUUCAGUUCGCAUGUGUUAAUAUAAGUUAGGUUUUGUUUUGGAUGGAGAGUGAGAUUUGAUGAUGAUGUGAAAUGCUUGUUUGGCCUGCUAA